AUGGCUAACGAAGCAGAAGAAACGGUGCGUAAACUAGCAAUGCACAGAGGUGUUGCCGGUGUUAUAGUCGUUAAUGGCGAAGGUAUACCGAUCAAAACAACUUUGGACAACCAUGUCUCUGUGCAGUACGCAGGACUUAUGACUGCAUUAGUGGACAAGGCAAAAGCUGUUGUUAGAGAUCUUGAUCCAUCCAACGAUUUAACAUUCUUACGUAUAAGAAGUAAAAAGAGCGAAGUUUUGGUCGCUCCCGACAAAGACUUUAUUUUGAUAGUCGUUCAAAAUCCCACCGAAUGA